GCGGCGGCGGCGGCGGCGGAGACGGACCCGCACCCACCGCCCGCACCCACCGCCCCGCCUCCCGCGGGCGGCGGCAGCAAGCGCCCUUCCCGCCCCCGCCGCCGCCUCCCGCCGCCUCCCGCCGCCGCCGCCACCGUCCUUGCGGCAGGAAGAUGCCCGGGAGGUGCCGCCGCCGGCGCCCCGGGGCUGCGGAGCCUCCCGGUGCCGCUCCUGCUGCUGCUGCUGCUGCUCAGCGCCCGCACCGCGCUGGCUCAGCGCUGGCGCAAUGAGAACUACGAGAGGCCCGUGGACCUGGAGGGCUCUGGGGACGAUGAUCCCUUUGGGGAUGAUGAGCUGGAUGACGUCUACUCCGGCUCAGGCUCGGGCUACUUUGAGCAGGAGCUGGGGCUGGAGACAGCCAUGAGCCUCCCCACGGACACGUCCGUGCCGCUGCCCACCACGGCGGCCGCGCUGCCCGUCACCGCCGUGCAGCCCGUGGCCACCCCCUUCGAGCCGUCCCCCACCCAGGGCACCACCCCCGGGCAGACCACGAGCGUCCUCUACAUCCCCAGGACCACAGACACCCCAGUGAUGCCCAGCUGGAAAGCCACCACCACCACCACCACCACCACCACCAGCACCGCUCCCAGCACCCCCCCGACCACCACGGCGACCACCACGGCGCCCACCACGAGCACCACCGAGGCCACCACCAGCACCACCAGCACCACCGUGGCCACGGCCAAGCCCACCACCAUCAGGAGGUUCCUGCCCCCCUUGGCCACCAAGGCAGCCACCACCCGGGCCACCACCCUGGAGACUCCCACCACGGCCGCCCCCGAGACCAGCACCCCCACGGAGGUGGCCACGUCACGCCUCGUCCCCACCGGCACGGCCAGGCCCAGGUCCCUGCCCAGACCCACCAGCUCCAGGACUGCAGAGCUCACAGAAAAAAGCACUGCCUUGCCACCCGCUCUGGCCACGCUGCCGCCCACAGAACCCCUCCAGAUGGAGCCAGGGGAGGUGACGACAGCCCUGGACAACGAGCUGGAGGUCCCGGUGAGCAGCGGCCCCAGCGGGGACUUUGAGAUCCGGGAGGAGGAGGACACGACCCGUCCUGACCUGGGGAACGAGGUGCUGGCCGUGGUGACCCCCCCGGCGGGCCCCGGGCCCGGCAGGAACGCGGACACGGGGCUGAUCGACAACACGAUAGACUCGGGCAACUCUGCCGCUCAGCUGCCCCAGAAAAACAUCCUGGAGAGGAAAGAGGUGUUGAUAGCCGUGAUCGUGGGCGGCGUGGUGGGCGCUCUCUUCGCCGCCUUCCUGGUCAUGCUGCUCAUCUACCGGAUGAAGAAGAAGGACGAGGGCAGUUACACCCUGGAGGAGCCCAAACAAGCCAACGUGACCUACCAGAAGCCCGACAAGCAGGAGGAGUUCUACGCGUAGAAGGAGAGCCGGCGUGCCUCGCCCUCCCUCCCUCCCCUCCCUAAACUCAUCCUCCUCCUCUACUUCAUCCAGUCUCUCCUCUUUCCCUCUCUCUUUCCCUCUCUUUUUUUUUUUGUUUUUUUUUUUGGAUCAGACUGUGAAUUUGAGAAAGCAAAACCCGCAACAGCUGAAGGAGAACACCUAUCCAUCGGGUGCCCGGAGCAUCGGCGAGCCAGGAGCGAGCACCUCCUGCCUUCCUGCUGCUGGGAUGGACAGGGCAGGGAGCCAGUGCCAAGGCAGCCGUGCCCAGGAGCGCCCUGCAGAGCGCAGGGCAGGGUGGUCAGGCUGCCCACAGCCACUGGAGGUCAACUGGACUUAUCCCAACACAACAGACUCUGGGAUCCGGACACCUUCUCCCAGCCCUGGGGAGCAGAGGGGGUUGGUUUGGAUUUAUCUUCCUUGCUUUUAUUUUUGUUUUGGUUUGGUUUUUUCCCAUUCAUAAAGGAGGGAGGUUUUCUUUCCCUCUGUCUUGUUUUUAUUUUUUUUGUUGUUUGCUUUUGGAACGGGGUUGGUCGCUUCGCAGGAAUUCCCUCGCUCCCUUGCUUCUCUUGGAAGAGAGGACUCGACUCCCAGACAACGCUUGGAAUGCUUGGGAAAAAAAAGCACAAGGGGCUGGAAUACCUGGGCUGCCCCAGGGCUUGCUCUUGGCAAAAUAAGAAAUGAAUACAAACGUGGCCAGUGGGCUGGGAAUGAUCUCUUUGGAUCAGCUUUUCGGAGAGUUUGUGGAGCAGCAAGAAGCUGCACUGGGGGCAUCUCCUGCCACCACCUCACUGAACAUCCAGAGACCUUCGACCUCCUGAACCUGCUGAGGGCUUUGGUGGAGAAGGGACUUUGCUUAGGCUGGGCUUUCACUGUGACCAAUAAAACUCGGCUUGCAGGAGCGCUGGUUGUGGAGCAGAGCUUGGUGGGGAGCUGGAAAGGGGUGGAGUGAUGGAGAUGGAGAAGCUCAAUCCUCUCCCAGGUUCCUCCAGAGCGGACAACAAAAGGCGAGAGGCGCAGCACGAGGAAGGAGAUGCCAAGGAGAGGUGACAGCUCUGUCCCCUCAGGGGGCAGGGAGGGAUCCCUGAUGGCACCCAGAAGGUGAGGAAGAUGAGGCAGAGAGGUUGGCUUGCUGCAUAUCCUUGGAAAGACCCAGGACUGAUGGUUUGUGUUCCUUAAAUUCCCAGCAGAACCCAGGGGGCACCAGGAGCCUGAUGGAAUCUGAUGGAAUCUGAUCCCCCCCGGCCCUGGAAUCCAGCAGCAACCAGGUGUUGGUUUCCCCUCUGAGGCUGCAGAGCAGCAGGGCCUGAUCCAGACCCAACUGUGCCUUCCAGAAAGGCUGGAUUUUUGGGAGCAAGCUCUGCACGGAGGAGUCAGUCAGAUACUGCAAUGAGCUGGCUUUUAAUUAGCUGAAGCACCGCUUGGGAUGCAGUCGAGGAGCUUUGUUUUCACGAUGGUUGUGAGCUCGAUGGUGCCCCGUGGAGACCUUGGAAUUGCUCUUAGAGCAGUUUAAAGGGGAAAAGGGGGCAAAAAAAAUCAGUUUUUUUGACUCUUUUGCGUGUUGUGAAUUAACCUGCAUGGGGCCUGGGACACUUUGUCCCCUGAGGGUGUUAGUGGAUAUGGGGUUUUUUAUGGCCCUGGUGGAGACAGCAGAGCUUCUUUAGGGAAGGGAUUUGAGAGACCAAAUACAUAUUUUAAAUAUAUAUAUAUACAUACACACACAGUCCCAUACAUACACAGUUAUAUGUAUAUGAAAUCCCUGUAAAAUUUUCAUUGCACUGCAUGGGAUGGUUGGAUGGGAUCUGUGGGUGGGAAAAUGGGAGGUUUGGGCUGCACACCCCUUGGGGUGUGACCCCAAAUGACAGCCUGGCUUUACUUCAGGGCAGGGACCAGCCCUUGAAAUGCCCAAUUUAGAGCUGCCAGCCUCAAAAUCGUCACGGGUUUAGGUCCUUGGGAGUGUGGAAAUGAUCCCGUUGGAUGCCCUGGAUGGUGGUGCUGGAAGGCAGGCGGUGCUGAGUGUGUGUGUGACCAUUCCUUGGGUCCAUCCUUGGGCGUUCCUUGGGCUGUGGAGGAUGAGGAGGGAAGGAGGGACCACACAGCUGAAGAGGCUGGUGCCAACCUGGGGUCAAAAGCCACUUUUUCCUGCUCAAAGGGGAGUUUCAACUCAUUAAUUUGAUGGUUUGGGGGGAUUUUUCGUCCUUUUGGGUCCACCCAAGGGGUCCCAGCAGCGGGGAGUGGUAGAAAUCAAGCCCCCUCAUGAUUUAAUGAGCUGGGCAUGGCAUCAAGGCCACCCAAACCCACCAUCUUUUAGAAAAAAACAUGGAUUUAAUCCUUUGAGCUUGCAUUAAAAAAAAAAAAAAAAACACAACUCCCAGCUUAAUCUUUUUAAUGCUGCUUUUCUUAGCUGCUUCCCUUAAUCUUCUUCAUUCCAUUUUUUUUUUCCCUCCUAUUUAAUAGUCUGAAGUUCCAUAAUACCAUUUUUUUAUUCGCUCAAGCUUAACCUCGGCUCUCUCGGCUGGUGUUAAAGUUGUAAUCCCGGCACUUAAAUCCGUCACAGUUCGCAAAGUGAGGGAGGGUGGAAGUGGGAGGGGGGGAGAGGAGCCAGGGCAGGACCUUUUCUUUGCAGUAAUUAAAAGCAGGAGAUGAGCACAUGCAAAAAAAAAAAAAAAGAGGUGAAGGCAAUUAAAGUGAUAAUCAGAAGCGAUCGAGGUCUUAAUUCCUUGUUCUUCUCCUGCUUCCACACCUUGGCUGUGUUGCUGUGUGCCCAGAGAGGGAUGUGAGCUCUGAGAGCAUCUUCUGGGCUCAGAGCCCACCUUUGUGGUGAUAAAUUACGAGUUGUGAGUUAUGUCCCAGCCCUUCCUGUCGCCUCAGCUCCUCGGGGGCACCGGAUUAGUUGGCAGAGUCGAUGCUUGGCAGGGAAAAAAAAAAAAGCCUUGUCUUGCUGGAGGUGCUUGAUCCUGAGCCUGGGGAUGGUGGGACAGAGCUGAGCACGGGCUGUGUGUGUUUGGGAAAGGUCAUCUUCCAGAAAAAACCUGGGAUGGGGAAAACCCCAGUGGAAGCUGCUUGCAUGGUGCUGCCAGGGGGUGUAGGGGGGUUCGUUUUCUGAGUUGGAAGGGACCCCAUGGAAAAUUAACCCCAAUCUCAGCUUGAGCACCUCCCACAUCCCCACCUCCCAACACCUGCCAGGUCCAGCUGGCAUCAUCCCUCUGUGCACAGACCCAUCCUGGGCACAUCCCUGCUGGUGAUCCCAGCUGUGCUUGUCCUUCCAGCUGUGCUCCCUGGGGACGUGUGUGGGAGCACAGUAAGGAUUUUCCACUGGCUUUUCCAUCUCUUUUCUGUGUGUGUGUGUGUGUGUGUGUGUGUGAUGUGCAGGAGCUGAAGGAGGGACUCCUUGCCUUUCCAGCUGGAUGAUUUUAGGAGGUCUGGAAUCGUCACAGAGGUGGUGGGGGCUCCCCUGCCAGCUGUGCUGCCCUUCAGGCACUCUCUGAUGUGCAGCAGGAGAAUGAUAAAUAUCCAACCACUCCCAGGCCACAUAAAUAAGGAGGAGGCAGGAGGAGCCAGAUCAAAGGGAAGGGAAGGCCAGAAAACACGUGUGAGAGCCCAAAGGAGGGCUGGAAGGGGGAGGAUGGGAAGGGCAGGGGAUGGAGGGGCCCCAGUGAGCAGCAGGACCAAGCCCUGGAUGGGAUUUGCAGGGCUGGGACUGAAGCGUGUCCUUCCUCCCAAAAUCUCUUUGAUUUUGAACCUUUUCAAAAACGAGCAGCAGGACAAAAACAAGCUUAGGGGAUCCUGCUGCAGGGAAGGUGGUGGCUCUGGGCUGGGUGGCUGCCCUGGUGUGCUGGUUUGCCUCAAAACACCCCAUUCUCUCCUUAUUUUGGCCAACAAUCCCUGCUUGGGAGCUCCUCUGCUACACACACAAGCCUUGUCUCUGGCUCCCCAGACCCCUCCUCUCCAACCCCUGCCACGAGUCACCAGCUUUAAGGAGAACAAAACCAUCUUAAAAAACAAAGACUGGAUUUUUUAAAUUCACUUUUCCCUCCCUUUUUUUUGGAGGGUGGGGGGGGUGUGCUCGAAGCUUUUCCGCGAGGCUCUAAAGCGACACCCGAGUUUGCAGCACUGGAAGGUCGAUUUGGGAUAGCUCCCAAAGGUUUCUUGGGAUAUCUCCCUGGGAUCCUUGGCAGCUUCUGGGGGGCCUUUUGGGAGCGGGGGAGGGGGUGUGUGGUGCGUGUCUGUAUGUAUAUAUAUGUGUAUGUAAUUAAUAGAUAUGUAUAUAUGUAUAUACGUGUGCGUGCAAGGCACGGGCACAUGAGCAGGUUCAGGGUCAACUCUGCACCUGAGGAGGAGGAGGAGGAGGAAAAGGGAGAGGAGAAGGAGGAGAAGGAGGAGGAGGAGGAAAAGGGAGAGGAGGAGGAGGAGAAGGAAAAGGAGGAGGAGGAGGAGGAGUGGUGUUCAGAGCAGCUCUGCAGCCCUCGUGCCCCAUCCCAUGGGAUGCAGGAUUCCCUGGGAAUUCCUUGCUGCUCCUUCCUCCCCCGUCACAGCAACCAGCCUGAUCCUGGUCACCUCCACUCUGGGCCUGGGCGUUCCAGGGUGGGGGAUAAGGAGCCUUUGGACUGCUGGAGCUGGAGGAGAUGCCGGGAUGCUCCGGUGUGUCCCACAACCCUCGUGCCUGCAGCUCCAUGGCCAUUCCACACCCCGGCUCUGGAGGAGUCUCAGUCUGGAGUGUACAAACUUUGGUUGGUUUUCGUUUUGAGGUUUAUUUUUUUUUUGUUUGUUGUUGUUUUCCCCCCCAGUUAUGUUGAUUUUUUCGGGGGUGGUGUAAAAAACCCACCCACGUGAUGCCCCAGUUAUUUUUUUCCACCCCAACAUUCCCAACGGUUCAUCUGCAGCAUCUCCAAAGACCUCAAGGGUAACCAGUGACUUUUCUGGGUUUAAGUUACCCCUGUUGUGGGUCCCCCCCUGGUCGAAGUCACCCCAGCACAGCUGACAAUCAAACCAGACAAGAACUGCUGACUUGAGAAAAAAACAAACAAACAAACAAACAAAAAAAUCCAGUGCAGUUUGAUGGAACUACUUUUUAAAAAUCACCUGCUUCUCCCUCACUAAACCCACAACAUCUCCAGGAUGAACCACCACCCAUCGAUUCCUCUGUAAAUAAAACAUGAAAUGUUCUUGUAUAAAUUAAAAAGAUUAAAAAAAAAAAAAAAAAGGACAAAAAAAAAAUCCAUUGAUAUUACAUCCCCCCCCAAAAAAGGAAAAAAAUUAUAUCCCUUUCCAGAAGAUUUCAGGGAUUCAAAGGAAAGCCCAACAUGUGACCCCACUUCACUCUUUCUUUGGAGCUGAUUUACAAUCCCAACAGGAGAACAAAAAAAAACCAAUCUUGAACACUCCAAGUGUUGUACCUUUCAAGGAAUAUGGGAGGGGGGAAAAAAAAUGCAUGUAAAUAUUUUUAAUAGGAAACAUAUCUUAAACAGAACUUUUUUUUGUAUGUACAUAACUCUUCUAGAGUUUAGUACCUAAAUCGCUUCAUAGUGUCUGUUUAAAAAAUUAAAAACAAAAUAAAAUGUUUGUUAAUUGUUUUUUGUUCUUACUCAAUGGCCAAAACUUUAAAAAUAAUGGAAAAAAAAAAGACUAUAAAAAAAAUAAUCUUUGCCAAUGGAUCUAGCACUGUAAUGGUACUGUCUAUUUUUUUUAAUUAUUUCUGUGCUGUGCCCAUUUAUAAAAGGAGGAAAAAACAAAAAUAAAGUCAUUUAAACAUUGUC